CCUGGGGCCCGUUCUUCGUACGUCGCUAACUCGGUUAGCUGGAUUUGAUUGUUGACGAUUUGGCAUGAUCUUGGAUUGUUUGGUUCUUCGAAGCUCAUCCUGGACUUGCUGUCAUAGCAACAGGUCCGUAAGCUUGAACCUGCUCGGGAGCAGGCUUACUUCAUGUAAACAGGAUUAGAUCACGGCUUUAUAAGCGGAGGUGAUAUGGGAAGUCUUUCGCAGACAUGUCUUGUCCGUUUUUACGUCAGGAAUGCGUUGCUGAAGACUGCACACAGGUCCCCAUCAAGGCCCCACCUGGCCCAAAUGAAGGGGAUUUUUUGAACAGAAAGGGAUUUCACAGUGUAAAUGUGCAAAUGGUGUGCGACUCCAUGUUCCACAUCACAAAUGUGGAAGCCACAUGGCCUGGUUCUGUGGGUGACUCCAAGAUUUUCAGAGAGUCACAUUUAUGCACAUUAUUUGAACGUGGUGCUGACGAUGGGAUCCUGUUUGGCGACAGGGGCUAUGCCUUCAGGCAGGCAGUACUUCAUGACACCAUUCCCUGGACCACAAACCCGUUACAAUGCAACUUUCAUUAA